AUGUCCACGAUAUCUUCUCCACGUCCGUCUAUUGCGUCUUCGCGGGCAGUUUCUCCAGCUCCGCCAUCAUCUCGCCCGUCCCUCGAUGUGCUGAACACGAACGUCGGCGGCGGCCUCAGUGCCUCUUCCACCCCAUCGACUACCCGCGCGAUCUCACCAAACCCCCGACGGAAUCGUUCGGCUUUGCGAGAUUACUACAACUUGAAACCACCAGGUACCGACUCUAGUACUGGACCUUCAUCUCGAUCUCGCAGCGUUCCCAGAAACACUGACGCGGGAGAUAUCUCGAACCCGACGGCUCUAUCCUCAGGGACAGAGCUCGACAAUGAGGACUUCGAUCCGCAACGCUACGUGGACCAUCUUCUCUCGACCUCCUCACUAUCCACCAUUCUCAAAGCGGAAAACACACUUGUUGGAGAUAUCCGUACCCUGGACGGAGAGCGCAAGGCCCUCGUCUACGAUAACUACUCGAAGUUGAUUCGCGCCGUCGAGACAAUUGGCAAGAUGCGGAAGAGUAUGGAUGAGCGCGGCGCACCAUUAACAAUGACCAAGACUCUGGGACCGGCUAUUGCGUUCGUGGCAGAGACGGCCGGUGGCCUGAUCAAUGAGGGGGAGGAGCAGCGGAAGCGGAUAAAAGAGGCGCGGGCAAAUGAGCCGGCGCCGGAGAAGAGGGCUGAAAAGGAGACUGUAAAGUGGGUGCUUUCGGCACCUGGGCGAUUGGCAGGUCUACUGGGAGAAGGACGACGGGAGGAUGCGGAUAAAGACUGGAAGGAGGUUCAGCAGCUUCUGGACGCCUGGGGUCCGGUUAAAGGUGUUGCUGAGAUCCGCCAGGCUUGUGAGAAAGUCAUGAACCAGAACCAAGAAGAUUGA